AUGAAAGAAGAAAGUGAAAAUAAAUGCGCGCAAAAUAUGAAUGAAAGAUAUACUAGUCAAGAAUCGAAAAAAGUGUUUAGAUGUCGAUUGAACAUGUUUGUUCUACAUACUCGUGUAAUUACAAAUCGUCCGAAACGAAGACGUUUAUCAGAACAAAUUUUAUUUGAAUUUAAGCUGAGCAGCGUUGCUUGA